AUGUUCGCCCGCGCCGUUAUCAUCGCCGCCGCCGUCGCGCUCGCCACCGCCCACGCCCAGCCCGAGGGAUCCGACUACGCACCUUACGACCCGUACCAGCAGGACAACAGCUACGACGUCGAGUACAAGAAGCCCGAGUACGGCUACAAGGAGAGCGCCUACGACAAGGCGUACGACUACGCCUUCGAGCACUACGCGCACGAGGCCAAGGAGGACAAGCGCAACAACUACGAGGCGCCCGCGUACGAGCCGGAGUACCAGCCCGAGUACACGGCACCGGAGUCGGACUACCAGCCCGAGUACGAGCCUGAGUACAAGCCGGAGUACGAGCCAGAGUACAAGCCCGAGUACGAGGAGAAGCCCGCCUACCAGGCGGAGGCCAAGCCGUGCGACGACUACUCGUGCUACUCCGACUCUGAGUACGUCCCCGCGCCCGUCAGCGACUGCAACAAGGGCGACCUCCAGUGUUGCAACCAGGUUCAGCCGGCGAACACCGUCGACUUCGAGCAGUUCGCCGACUCCGAGGUCUACGAGCUCAUUCCCAACAUUCUCCGUGGCUCCAACGCUCCUGUCGGCCUCGCGUGCUCGCCCAUCAUUAACGACUUGUCUGGCGGCGCGCAGUGCAACCAGCAGACCGUCUGCUGCGACGGCGGCCACUUCUCCGGCCUCUUCUCCGUCAACUGCAACGCCUUUAACGGCGGCAGCCAGAGCGCGGGCAUCUUCUAA